GAGACGUGGAAAGGGUGUGUGUAGCGAUAUCACAUUUGAAUGGAAGCGCAAUAAAGUAGAGGGUUCUUUUGUAUAAAGAGGCUGCUUGGUCGAUCUCGGGACAUUACUGGACAUCAACUACUGACACCCAAGCCCCUCUUCAGAUCUAGGAAACAAUAUGCUGGAAUCCUUCAGCCUCGAGGAGGCCCGAUGGUCUUUGAUGCUGGUUUUCCCAGUCGCGGCGCUCUGUUCUGUAAGCCAGACCUUUGUAUCCUGUUACAAAAUCCCAUGAGCAUAUCUAGAUGAACCGGAACUCACCCCUCACUCAGUUCCUCGCAUACUUCAUAGGAUUCGCCAUCUACCAGCUCUACCUCAACCCCUUACGCAAAUUCCCCGGCCCAAAACUAUGGUCAAUCUCCUCCAUCCCCUAUGUCCGCGAAUUCAUUGCCGGCACCUGCCACCUCAAAAUCCUUCAACUCCACCAAAAGUACGGCCCCAUCGUGCGGGUAGGCCCCAACCACCUCUCCGUCAAUCACCCGGACGGCAUGGCAGAGCUUCGGGGCCACCGCAAGAGCUACACCGGCGAGAACGGCAAAGACCCCGUCAACGCCCUGCCGAAUCGCGACAACAUCAUCGGCUCCGACCGCGGGGACCACAGCCGUUUCCGGAGGGCGCUGGCGCACGGUUUCUCGGCGCAGUCUAUGCUCGCGCAGCAGCCCAUUAUCAAGGGGUACGUCGAUACGCUCUUUGAGAAGCUGCGGGAGGCAUCGCGGGGUGGCGACCAGACGGUGGAUGUGGAGAAGUGGUUCAACUUUACCACGUUUGACGUUAUUGGUGAUUUGGCGUUUGGGGAGCCCUUUGGGUGUCUUGAGGAUAGCACGUAUCACCCUUGGGUCGACCUCAUCUUCAAAAGUAUCAAGAACAUGGCCAUGUUGACGAGUUUCCGGCGUCUGCCCUGGCUGAAGCCGCUUCUCAUGUUGACGCUUCCCAGGGAGCUGAUGGGGAAGUAUGCUCAGAACCGGGAGCUGUCGAGGGAGAAAUUGCGGAAGAGGUUGGAGCUUGGGAAGAGCCGACCCGAUUUCGUGGAUGCAAUGAUCAGGAAGUCAGAAUCAGCAGGGCAGGCCAUGUCGUUCGAAGAGAUGACCUCCAACGCCAUGGUCCUCAUCAUCGCCGGCUCCGAAACGACAGCCACGCUGCUGACUGCGGCAACGUACUUCCUCGCCACCAACCCGCACGUGUUGGACAAGCUCAACGACGAGGUCCGGUCGGCGUUCACGACGGAGAACGAGAUCGAUAUGCUCAGCGUGCAAAACCUGCCGUACCUCCUGGCCGUCUUGGACGAGAGCCUGCGAAUGUUCCCGCCGGUGCCUGGUCCCAGCCCGCGGGCCAUUGGCGAAGGGGGCGAUACAAUUCUGGGCGAGUUUAUUCCGAAAGAUGUAGGUCUCUUCCCGUGGUGUCUUAUUCGUGGUGUCAUGGGAGGUUGUGUGUGUGCUGACUUUGGAAAUCAUGCGUUCUAGACUGUAGUGGACACCUGGCAUUGGUCAGUCUACCAUAACCCCAACCACUUUGCUCUGCCAGAGGAAUUCAUUCCGGAGCGAUUCUUGGGGGACCCGCGGUUUGCAAAUGAUGCCAAGCAGGCUCUGCAACCGUUUUCCAUCGGUCCUCGCAACUGUAUUGGGAAGAAGUGAGUAACUCCAAGACAUACUUCAUGGGCCAGAAGAUGGAGUCGAUACCGUUGGAGAUCCCCGCUGACAGAUGAUUCUGCAGUCUUGCCUAUGCCGAGAUGAGGUUGAUUCUAGCUAGGCUGAUCUGGAACUUUGAUAUCCACCCAGCUGCGGAGACAGCGAACUGGUACGCCGAGACAAAGGUCUACAUUCUAUGGGAGAAAGGAGGCCUGGAUGUCCAUCUGACACCUCGGGUCUUGAAAGCUGAUUGAGAGGCGUCCGACAUCGUGGCCAUGCGUCCUGACAGUGCGAUGGAAGGCCUACGUGCAGUAAAAUUCUUAGCCUUGACUACAUCCAUGAAGUUGGAAAGUGUGGCGGAAGGAAAAGCAAGGGAUAGAGAAGCUUCAACAUGUGCCAUCACAAGCUGGCUGGCCAUCCACUGGGCUUGCGCAAGUUUUACUGAGAUCAAAUCCGAUUGUCACUUUUGUAGACGGGAUUGAAGUAGAUCCUGACAAAGCAGCCUAUAUCUCCCGUAUUCUCAUUCAUGUAGCGAUAAAGAGAGAAGCAACCAGCAGCUCAAGGCAGCACCUCA